UACAAAAUUUCUUCUCUCCUAAAGACCUUAUUUUCCUCUGGUGAAAAUGAAGUUGUUGGAUGUGGAGGAGGCCAAGAAGCAGGUCUUGUUUUCACUGCCAACAACUCUCACUAAUGUGAUGUUUUACUUCAUCACUUUGGUGUCUGUGAUGUUUGCUGGCCACCUUGGUCCGCUUCAACUAGCUGCUGCAAACCUGGCCAUGUCAUGGGCCAGUGCCACUGGCCUUGCUGUUGUGAUUGGCUUAAGUGGAGCGCUUGAGACCCUUUGUGGGCAAGCCUUUGGUGCCAGGGAGUAUGGCAUGUUAGGGAAGUACCUGCAAGCCUCAUGCCUGAUAUCCUUGCUAGCUUCCUUGCUUAUUUCCCCACUUUGGUUCUUUUCAGAGCCAGUUUUGAUUUCGUUGUUACACCAAGACGCAGAGGCCUCUAAACUCUCUGCGGUCUUUAUGAAGCUGUUCAUUCCUGGAUUGGUUGCAUUUGGCAUCCUCCAGAACGUUUUGAGAUUUCUUCAAACCCAGUCUGCUGUUGUCGUCCCUUUUAUAUUCUCCUUCAUCAGCCUCGGCCUCCACAUAGGCCUCACCUAUUAUCUUGUCCACUUCACUCCUCUGGGCUUCAGAGGUGUUCCACUUGCAGCAUCCAUUUCCCUCUGCUUCUCUCUUCUUAUGUUCGCCAUCUACAUUCUUCGUUCAAAGAAAUUCGAGUCUACAUGGGAAGGUUUCUCCCUGGCAUCAUUCAGUCACGUCCCUACGGUUUUGAGGCUUGGCCUCCCUGGUGCCGCAGUGGAAUGCUUGGAAGACUGGACCUUCGAGUUUUUAGUCUUCAUGGCAGGAGCAUUUCCACAUCCAACACAGAGCACGUCCCUACUUGGGAUAUGUGUCAAUGUGGAGUUAAUUGGUUAUAUGGUGUCAUACGGCCUCAGUGCUGCUGUAAGCACGAGAGUUUCAAACGAACUGGGAGCAGGCAAUCCAGAGAAAGCUAAGAGUGCCAUGACUGUGGCUCUGAAGUUCUCUGGCUUUCUUGCUUUCCUUCUUGGUCUAGCACUGGCAAUUGGCCACAACUUCUGGGCUGGCUUAUUCGGCAGCACACCAGAAAUAGUAAAAGCCUUUGCAUCCAUGACACCCUUGGUUGCAGUCUCUGUGAUCCUUGAACCUCUACAAGGUGUUGUUUUAGGUGUGGCCACAGGAUGCGGGUGGCAAAAGUUGGUCUGCUAUGUUAAUCUGGCCACAUAUUUGGUUGGCAUGGCUAUUUCGGGCCUUCUUGGGCUCACGACCGAGUUACAUGCCAAGGGCUUGUGGAUUGGACUAAUGUUUGGCAUUUCUUGUCAAACGAGCAUAAUUUUGGUCACUGUACUGCUCAAGAAUUGGGCUCCUCUAUCCGAUACCGCCUGAACCUGCCUCCAAGUCUUAGUGUGCUUUUUAACAAUCUUUUCUUUUGGCCUCUGGCCCGCCAUUGUUCCAACGGAGAAAAAGGGCAAAAAUUUGAUUUCGUUCUU